GAUGCAACUCGUCCAUCCCGGAACGAAAUUGCCAUGUUACUCCCGAACCACAACGUUGGUCAAUCACACAUGUCGCCAUUAGCAGUGGACAGUAGCUGCAAGCGGGCGGCUGACGAAGGAGAAGAUGCGUCGGUGUUCAAUUCUGAGGAUUCUACUCGCAAGCUCCUUCACAUUAUCAUCAUCACCGCCGUCGUACCCCUUGUCGAGGAAUCUCUCAUCAGCUCAGCGGCACCGCCGCAGCUUCGCCGGAAGCAGCGAAGCUAUGAGGAACAGCUGCUCAGCGCCCAGAGAGAGCGCUGACUGCGUGGUGAUAGGCGCCGGCGUGGUUGGGCUCGCCGUGGCGAGGCAGCUGGCGAUCGCCGGCCGAGAUGUUCUGGUGCUCGACUCCGCCCCGACCUUCGGCACCGGCACGAGCUCCCGCAACAGCGAAGUGAUCCACGCCGGCAUUUACUAUCCCCGCGGUUCUCUCAAGCCAGAGUUUUGCGUGAGGGGGAGGGAAUUGCUGUACAAAUACUGCUCUCAGCACAAAAUUCCGCAUAAGCAAAUAGGGAAGCUCAUAGUUGCUACGGGGCCAUCGGAGGUUCCGAAGCUGACCGAUAUCAUGAACCGGGGAAUACAAAACGGGGUUUAUGGACUCAGGUUGAUGGAUGGCUCUGAAGCCACGAGAAUGGAACCCGAGCUGUGGUGCGAGAAGGCCGUGUUUUCCCCUGUUACCGGGAUUAUCGAUACUCAUUCUCUGAUGCUAACGCUAAUGGGGGAAGCUGAAAAUCACGGAACGACCUUCUCAUUUAAUACAGUUGUUACUGGUGCACAUAUUGAAGAGAAUUCCAUUCAUCUUCGUAUUUCUGAUACCAAACAUCUCGAGAGCUGCAAUGAGAAAAUUCCACCAAAUCCAGAUCUUAUACUGGUGCCCAAGUUCGUUGUCAACUCAGCAGGCUUAAGUGCUCCUCUCCUUGCAAAGAGAAUUCAUGGCCUAGAUAUGCAAGUAGUUCCUCCUACGUAUUUUGCUCGCGGCUGCUACUUCACCCUAUCAAGCACCAAGAAAUCUCCAUUUGAACGUCUUAUAUACCCAUUACCUGAGGACGGUGGUAUUGGAGUGCAUGUCACCCUGGAUUUGAAUGGGCAGGUGAAAUUUGGGCCAGAUGUUGAAUGGAUCAAUGGUGUGGAUGAUGUUUCAAGCUUCUUGAAUAGGUUUGAUUACUCUGUAUCUGCCAGUCGUGCGGAGAGAUUCUAUCCAGCCAUACGAAAAUACUAUCCAAAUCUCAAGGAUGGGUCCUUGGAACCAGGAUAUGCAGGGAUUCGGCCAAAACUUUCUGGUCCCCAGCAGUCUCCAAAGGAUUUCGUGGUGCAGGGGGAAGACAUUCAUGGGAUUUCUGGUCUUGUAAGCUUAUUUGGAAUUGAGUCACCUGGUCUAACAUCAAGCAUGGCAAUUGCAGAAUAUGUCGUCUCAAGGUACUUGAAUGUGCAAUAAGAUCGCACGAAUUGGUUCGUCUGUGGUUUCAGAUUUAAGAUAUGAUUGAGCGAGACGACUUACAUGCUAUCAUUAGCAUAUGAAAGAUCCAGAGGACAUAGAGCUGGUAGUUCUUGUAAAACGAUGCCAUUGCAUUAAUCCUGCCAAUGCUCUCCCCA